GGAUUCUUGUCUCUGACCUAAUUUUCUACAUAUCUAGGUGAAUCUUCUGACUACAUUAUAAAUGUACCUUGCAGAAACCUACUUUCCCUUUUGUGUGUUUUCUCUUGGGGAGCAAAGUCUUCUCUAGGAGAGGUCUAGAUAAUUGAUACUUGCACAAAGCACAGCCAGCAAUUUACACAGAUCUGCUACCUGGUUACGAUCUGUUUUAAAGUGAGACCUCCUGAUGGGCCAGACACGCUUUUUCCAUCUUGGGACUUCUGUGCGGUUAAUCGUGGAAACUGACCUCACCAUGACAGGCUGCAAAUUUUGGUGGAGACCAUCAUUGUUCGUCAUCCUUUUGUUUUCUUUGGCGACCGCAAUAAACUCGGCAGAGACUAAUAAUCAGACUGCCAAUUCUUCAGAGGCACUGGAUUCAUUACCUGUGGUCACAUCAAUAGUAGAUCAUAUAAUUGCGAAAGAAGGGAACAGCGUGAUCAUUCACUGCAAUAUUGAGGGACACCCUGAUCCUCAUUUCCAGUGGUACAACUCCCAUGGGCAUCUACUUCAAGAGGAAAAUGAUGGAAAAUGGUGGUUUUUUGAUAGUGGACUUUUAAAUAUCACCAGUGUAUCUUUCGAGGAUAGAGGAAAAUACACUUGUGUUGCUACCAAUGCCCAUGGCACUGUAAACAAUACAGUUACUCUGAGAGUAAUUUUUACCUCUGGUGACAUGGGAAUCUAUUACAUGAUUGUCUGCCUGGUGGCAUUUACCAUAGUGAUGGUACUGAAUAUAACAAGAUUGUGUAUGAUGAGCAGUCAUUUGAAGAAGACAGAAAAAGCCAUUAAUGAAUUCUUCAGGACAGAAGGUGCAGAAAAAUUACAAAAGGCUUUUGAGAUUGCAAAAAGAAUUCCCAUCAUCACUUCUGCCAAGACACUCGAGCUUGCCAAAGUCACUCAGUUUAAAACAAUGGAGUUUGCACGAUAUAUUGAGGAACUGGCCAGAAGUGUUCCUUUACCCCCUCUUAUCAUGAACUGCAGGAUAAUAAUGGAAGAGAUCAUGGAGGUUGUUGGCCUGGAUGAACCAGGACAUUUAUUUGUAAGACAGGGAGCUGUUGGUCAGGAAGUUUGUGAUGUGGAUGACGUCUUUACCAUCCCUAAUGCUUUGCAGCGAAGCGAUUCUCCAACAGCUGAGUCGGAUGCCUCCUCUAUACAUGAGCCCUCUCGGCAAAUUGCUAUAACAGUGUCUGUACAUCCAAUGGCCAAGAAACACUGUAUGGAUACAGAAUCACAGGACAGCAUACCAUCAAGUAUAAAAGAGGACUCCACAACAAGAGAAUGUACUCAGACUUCUGAACCUACUGAACCAACUGAACCUCCCCCAGAUAAUCCCACUACGUGUAUUAUAUAUGAAAGCCAUGUCUAGAUGGGAAAUCUAUGCAGAUCACUAAUAGAUACUUGGAGCACCUUAUAGAGAAGAUGUUAACAAAUUGCCACCUAGCCUUACUAGAAAACAAACAACCAUUUCCUCCCCAAAAUCAUUUAGUGGCUGGCUCACCUGCAGCUUUGAUAACAAGGUGGAGUUUUAUGGCAUUCAAUGACAUACCACCAGAUAUACACCUGCACUCAAAAGUUGCUAUCACACUAAGAAAAUAUAGCUACAGUAGACUCUCUAAA